UUUUUUAUUUUAGUGUCUCAGAUUCAUUCUUAAGGAACUGAGAACUUAAUCUUCCAAAAUGUCAAAAAGACCAUCUUAUGCCCCACCUCCCACCCCAGCUCCUGCAACACAAAUGCCCAGCACACCAGGGUUUGUGGGAUACAAUCCAUACAGUCAUCUCGCCUACAACAACUACAGGCUGGGAGGGAACCCGGGCACCAACAGCCGGGUCACGGCGUCCUCUGGUAUCACGAUUCCAAAACCCCCAAAGCCACCAGAUAAGCCGCUGAUGCCCUACAUGAGGUACAGCAGAAAGGUCUGGGACCAAGUAAAGGCUUCCAACCCUGACCUGAAACUGUGGGAGAUUGGCAAGAUUAUUGGUGGCAUGUGGCGAGAUCUCACUGAUGAAGAGAAACAAGAAUAUUUAAACGAAUACGAAGCAGAAAAGAUAGAGUACAAUGAAUCUAUGAAGGCCUAUCACAAUUCCCCUGCCUACCUUGCUUACAUAAAUGCAAAAAGUCGUGCAGAAGCUGCUUUAGAGGAAGAAAGUCGACAGAGACAGUCUCGCAUGGAGAAAGGAGAACCUUACAUGAGCAUCCAGCCUGCCGAAGACCCAGAUGAUUAUGACGAUGGCUUUUCCAUGAAGCACACAGCCACCGCCCGCUUCCAGAGGAACCACCGCCUCAUCAGUGAGAUCCUUAGUGAGAGUGUGGUGCCAGACGUCCGGUCAGUCGUCACAACAGCUAGAAUGCAGGUCCUCAAACGGCAGGUUCAGUCCUUAAUGGUUCAUCAGCGAAAACUAGAAGCUGAACUUCUUCAAAUAGAAGAGCGACACCAGGAAAAGAAGAGGAAAUUCCUGGAAAGCACAGAUUCAUUUAACAAUGAACUUAAAAGGUUGUGCGGUCUGAAGGUAGAAGUGGACAUGGAAAAAAUCGCAGCUGAGAUUGCACAGGCAGAGGAACAGGCCCGCAAAAGGCAGGAGGAGAGGGAGAAGGAGGCGGCAGAGCAAGCGGAGCGGAGUCAGAGCAGCCUUGGUCCUGAGGAAGAGCAGGCGGCAAACAAAGCUGAGGAGAAGAAGGACGACGAGAGCCUGCCGAUGGAGACAGAGGAGACACACCUUGAAGAGACGACAGAAAGCCAACAGAACGGGGAAGAAGGCACGUCUACUCCUGAGGACAAGGAGAGUGGGCAGGAGGGGGUCGACAGCCUGGCAGAGGAGGGAACCAGUGAUAGCAACACUGGCUCGGAGAGCAACAGUGCAACAGUGGAGGAGCCACCGACAGACCCUAUACCGGAAGACGAGAAAAAAGAAUAAAUGUUGCCUUGUUUUAUGUGUUCUAAAUACUUUUUUUAAAUGAAAAAAAAAAAGUGUGUUUUGGUUUUAA